AUGAAACUUCGACAGAAGGAACACAUGGUCCGAGAUGAAGUUGAAUCCGAGCAGCUGGAUGUGAACACGGCCAUGGGAAAACGUAAGUUCGACACCAGCGAGGACCACCGCACAGCGACUCCGUCGAAACGAAAGAGGAUCGGUUCUCUCUUGAGCUCUGAUCAUGAUCUGGAUCACGAACUUGGAACGGAGAUCAAACCUUGUCCACUCGUUCAGAGCAUUUUCGACCUCGCCACGGCUCUUCGACUGGGCGCAACCGAUACGCCAUCAAUAUUGUUGGGAAUAAAAAGCCUAACAGUGGCUAUUGGUGAUCUCGUCUCACAGAUUGCAUGUGAUGACGCGAGGAGAAAUGAAGCCAUUACCUUGAAGCUGUUAGAAGAAAUCACGAGUGUCUUUCAACGGGCAUAUCCAACCAUUCUUCGUUCUCUCCAAGCAAUGUCCGAGAGAUCACGCAAAGAUCAGCCAUCUCCCGGAGUAUCGAUGAUUGUCAAACUGUUCCAGAUUUUUCUCGGUCAAUUACAUCAAUCAGCUCUUGAUGAACUUGUUCGGCAGCAACAGAAGGUGAGGCUGAAGAAGAAGCCUACAAGGACAAAAACUGGGGAACAGACCGCUGGUGAUGAUGAGCACACGGCUGCCAUCCACGACAGACAAUACAAAGUCCUCGUACGCGUCUUGGUCAGCAUGAUCACGACUCUCAAUGUUACUCAGCCAGCACACGCCGAACUACUUGAGGGCUUGAUGUGCUCACUUCUCGACCAUAUUGGAUCUUCGCUUGCUGUUCUCAUCUUUGCUGACUCCACAUUAUCAUCCAAAGAGGGAGGCGGGAUCUGUCCUCCUGUGGGACUAUUACACGUUGCUCAUCUGAACACAAAAGAUGCGAUUGAUACCGCCAAGCUCGAAGCUCCGUGGUUGAUCAAUGUCCUGCGGAAAGCCAUGACAUACACGUGUGCCAAUACCGAAGCCAUGUCGCAUGAAUCUGUGAUUCAGUUCCUUCCGGCCAGCUGGAAUCAGCUCAAAGGAUCUCGUCUCCAGGAAGGUCUCAAGCAAACACUUCAGCACACGUUACUUCGAGGAGUAUUUGGAGAUGAUGAUGAUACCUUUGGGGAAGCUUUGAGACGAACGGACACGGAAGACGAUACUGAUAAUGUCAAGUCAACAAGCUUGGCGACACGAGCUUUAGAUCCAGCGGACUUUUUUGUUGCGCAACUUUGGGACAUUCUGGGCUGGGGUAUUUUAUCUGGUCAGAGAUCUACUUGA